UGUAAUCGGAAACGCUUAAUUUAAGGCGCAGUUACCUCGCGCAACAGCCGUACGCGCGUGUGUGUGUGUAUAUAUAUGUGUUUCUUGGUACGAAUUCAGAGUACGAAAACAUAUAUAUAUACAUUUAUAUACAUAUAUAUAUAUAUACACACACACACUCGCACCCCAACUUCCCUCUGCAGUCCCGCGCCGCCGUUCCGGGACCGGACCCCGCUCGUGUGGACCUUCCAAGGCAGGCAGGGGCAAACUUUUCACAAAAGUUUCCUUCAAACUUUUUUUUUCUCGGGAAUCGCGACCACGUGUCAACUCCGACUUCAGAGGAUCGCGUCGGAUUUCAGGCUGGUCCCUCGAUUUGAAGGCUCCUUCCUAAACCCCCCCUCCCUCACCUCUCCCACCAGGCUGAAGCCUAAAGGCCCAGGGUGUUCCCGAAUUCCUGUUGUCCCUGAGCACUGCCUCCCCAGCAAGACGUCAGCAGUGGAUUCGGGCAGAAACGGCGCACGCAAGGCGACAGAAUGGAGAUGGAACGGUUGUCGUGGGAGGACGCGGAGGCGACGGAGAACAUGGACAACGAGAGCGUGGUGACCAAUGAAAAACUGAUGUAUACAGAGAGUUACGAGCCGUCUGAAUCUACGGCAACGGAGUGCCAGGAGUUCUUGCCUCACUCCUCUGGGAAAAAGCCAAUCGAGUUUACAGAUCAGUUCGAAGGGAAGACCUCGUUCGGGAUGUCCGUCUUCAACCUCAGCAACGCCAUCAUGGGCAGUGGGGUCCUGGGCCUGGCCUAUGCCAUGUCCAACACUGGCAUUGUGCUCUUUGUGAUCCUGCUGAUCUGCAUCGCCCUGCUGUCGGCCUAUUCCAUUCACCUGCUGCUCAAAUCUGCCGGGUUUGUUGGGAUCCGAGCCUACGAGCAACUGGGUCUGAAAGCCUUCGGACAGCCAGGGAAAGUGGUGGCAGCUGUGGUCAUCUCCUUACACAAUAUCGGAGCCAUGUCCAGUUACCUCUACAUUGUGAAGUACGAGCUUCCUCUGGUCAUCCAGGCAUUUCUCCGGCUGCAUGAGAACAAUGGUAUGUGGUACCUCGAGGGGAAGAUACUGAUCGUCAUUGUCAGUGUGCUGAUCAUCCUCCCCCUGGCGCUGAUGAGACAGCUCGGUUACCUGGGAUACACCAGUGGCUUCUCAUUGACGUGUAUGGUCUUCUUCCUCAUUGCGAUUAUCUAUAAGAAGUUUCAGAAACUGUGUCCUCUUCCGGUGUUUGGAAACGAGACCCAUGUCAGCACAGAAAUGGUCUACAUCAACGGGGGGAACUACACAACAGAAGAUGAAUGUACAGCAAAGCUCUUCACCAUUAACACACAGACGGCGUACACAAUUCCCAUCCUGGCCUUUGCGUUUGUCUGUCACCCAGAAGUCCUGCCGAUCUACACUGAGCUCAGAAGCCCGUCAAAGGUCCGAAUGCAGAAGGUGGCAAACUUCUCCAUUUUGGCGAUGUUUAUCAUGUAUUUAACCACGGCGGUCUUCGGCUACCUGACAUUUUACGGGUCAGUGGAACCUGAGCUGCUUCAUACAUACAACAAGGUCGACCCGCUCGACACGUUGAUCCUCUGUGUCCGGCUGGCCGUGCUGGUGGCCGUAACCCUGACCGUUCCUGUGGUCCUGUUCCCGAUCCGUCGGGCUAUUCAGCAGCUCCUGUUUCCUGGGAAGGCCUUCCGAUGGCCUCGGCACGUUGUCAUAGCGAUCUGCCUGCUGUUCUGCGUCAACCUCCUGGUCAUCUUCGUUCCCAACAUCCGGGAUAUAUUUGGAAUUAUUGGUGCCACCACCGCUCCGAGCCUCAUCUUCAUCCUGCCCGGACUCUUCUACAUUCGGAUCGUCCCCAACGACAAGGAGCCCUUGAAGUCCAGGUCCAAGAUCCAGGCUCUCUGCUUUGCGACCGUGGGUUUCAUCUUCAUGGUCAUGAGUUUGAGUUUCAUCAUCGUGGACUGGACGACUGGCAGCGGGGGAGCGGCACGGGGGGGUCACUAAUUGGUACCCGCACUCUUGCCUCGCCUCUCGAGUGUCCCGGGGCACCAAGUGUUUUAUUGCAGUCUCUGCGCCCCUCCUCACUCAUCCCUCUUCCCCGCACUGUACGCUCCAUCCCAAGCUGUCAGGGAUCCCUCUCCCUCCUGAUCUUCCCCCUCCCUCUUUGUGAGAAGGGUGUUACUUUCAAUGGGGGGGUGGAGGGGAGUCAGUAAGUUCAUGUACCGAACUCUAAUAUUUAUUCGGCAAUGCGAGGACUUAUAACUCAAAUGUUGCACCCUUCACCCCUUUUCCUGCUGGACCAGCACCCCCCCAUUCCCAAGGGUUUGUUAGGACCAUCUGGAAAUUGUACCUUGGGAAGGAGGAGGGCUGGGUGCUGGGCCUGGGGCUGGUACUUCUCUACUCCUGCUUGAAAGGGUCCAGGGAGACUUCUGCCUGGACUUGGUGGUGGGUGUGGGGGGGGAGAAUGUUCCUGAGGAGGUGUGUCAGCCCUUUCUCUGUUGGUGGGGGGGUGUGUGUGUGUGUGUAUGUAAGUGUGCCUGCCCAUCUCUGUAUGUAAACUUGCCUGUGUCAGUUUGUGUGCGUCUGCGUGUGUACACCUGUACCGUUGUGCACUGGUCAGUCCGCCUUUAUUGUCUGUCUGUUUGUACACCUGUACCAUUGUGCACUGGUCAGUCCGCCUUUAUUGUCUGUCUGUUUGUACACCUGUAACAUUGUGUGCAGGUUUUAUGUCAGUGUCGUUGUCUGCCUGUUUGUACACCUGUACCAUUGCGUGCAGGUUGUAUUACUAUAUGCAGGCUUGUACGCCUGUAUUGUUGUGAGCCUGUUUGUAUGCCUGUAUUGCUGUCUGCAGGUUUGUAUGUCAAUGUCGUUGUGUGCCUGUACCAUUGUGUGCAGGUUUGUACGCGUGUAUCCCUGUGCCUAUGCAUGCAUAGUGGUGCCUGCAAGGAUGCAUACCUGCCAGUUCACCUGUGUGUGUGCUUGUCUGUGUGCAGUACAUCUGUCUGAUUGCAGAUGGAUUUUUGUGUCUACAUGUAUGUGAGUGCGUGCAGGUCCAGUAAGCCCACGCGUUGGCCACUGAAGCUCGGCACUGCCUUUACUGCACGCUUCCGCACGGUGCUAGAUCUGCUACAGAUCGCCGAGACAGCCCGGGACCCCCCUCUGGGGAGAGUCCAGGGCAGUCGCGUACACAGCGAGAGAACGGCCACAGCUACAGGGUAGGAGUGAUAGGCUGACAAGGGUGUGGGGGAGUAGUUUCUGUUGUACCUCCUGAGGACGCCUGACACCAGACCACCCAAGGCUGGGGUGUGUGCUCAGAAACAGAGGGGAAAGGGGAUUUAAUCAAGGCAAUGAGAGACAGAGACAGCGGGCCCAAUUCCCUUCACCGUUAUUUUUGUUUAAUCAUCUUUCUGGUUUGAUUUAAAGUGAAACCUAUUAUCUCCUAUCAAUGUGUUACACAUAACUUAUCAGAUCUUUAGUUAACUAGACCUAGCCAGUUACCUGUAAUCUCCAUGGUAAUUAAGUAACUGACUCGGAUUAGUCAAUAGGAGAACUCAUACCUGGGCUGCAAGGUCUCGGCCUGAAAUAUUUUCUGCCCAUUUCCAUAAGACCAUAGACAUCUCCCCAUUGGUGCUUCUCACUCAAAAUGCUGGAGUUGACAUUUCGGGCCGAGAUCCUUCCUCAGGACUGGAGAGGAAGGGGGCAGACCCCCGAAUAAGGUGGUCGGGGGAAGUUCUGCCCCCUUCCUUUCAGACAACGGUACACAAAAGUUAUAUAAGACAGUGAAGAAAUAAGGUGCUUCACAGUAUAAAUCUGGGAAUUGUACAGGUACAGUUCUGUGCAAAAGUCUUAGGCACCUGAUCUCAACAUCAUCAAGAAUGUCUGGGAUUACCUGGAGAGGCAGAAGCAAGUGAGACAACCAGAAGAACUCACACCCAACUUUUUUAUAAAAUCUAAGAAAAUUGAUGCCAUUUUAAAGACACAUGGUGGUCACACCAAAUAUUGAUUUGACUUUGUUUCUUUUUUUACUGCUACUGCUCUUUAUAGUAACUUUUUAAGAAACUUUUCUUAAGAAACUUUUCAUUAUUUUUGAAAGCACCUUUGCUUUACAGAAUUUGUUUACAUGUGCCUAAGACUUUUGUAGUUUACUGCAGGUCAUCAGGGGCAAAGCAGUGAUUGUGAGGGAUUUUGAUCUGUAAAUGGGUAGAGUGUGCCAAAUAUACCAUCCUGGUUGGCUACUGACUGGGAUGUGGUACCUCUGGGGACACUGGUGAUUGCGAGAUCCUCUGAUGCCCUCUCCCCUGAUAUCCUGCCGGCUGACAGCCGGAUUGCGUUCGAUGUCUUUGUGCUGGUUGUCAAGUCAAUAGUGUGUGUGUGUCUGGGCUGAGUUCAGGAAUGGCUGCACGUGAUUUAUUUUUGUUAUUUGUUGGAGUGUGUACACUAUCCCGAGGGAAUCAGAAUCAGAUUUAUUAUAACUGACAAAACAAUGUGAAAUGAGUUGCUUUGCAAUGCAUUAAAAAUCGACUUUUAAGUCACAAUAAAAAGAUUGUGCAGGAAUGGAAUAGUGAGGUAGUGUUCAUGGGUUCAGAAAUCUGACGGAGGAGGAGAAGAAGCUGUUCCUAAAACAUUGAGUGUGGAACUUCAGGCUCCUGUACCUCCUGCCCGAUGGCAGCAACGGUAAGAGAGCAUGUCCCAGAUGCUCAGUGUAACGGGGAUAAUGUGGAAUACUGGCUUGUGUGGAAUUUCGGAAAUAAAAUAGACAAGCAACGACAUUACAUUUAGUGUAUAAUGAAGUAAGGGUUGGUCAAUCAUCUGUGAGUUAAAGAGAGGUGGGGGAAGAGUGAUCAUAAUAAAUUUUCUGAAAUUUUAGAAUUUUAUGAGGUCUGAAAUGGAUUCAGUCUAAAACUAGAGUGUUAAAGCAAAUGGGGAGAAAUAAAUUUCAAAGAUUCGCCAACCUAAAAGCAAUGGUUAAAUGUUUAAGAAUUAAUAUGUCGUAUCAGCCUCCUGGCACGGAAACAGGCCAUUUGGCCCAUUGUGCCCCUGCAGGCAGUUUUGCCCAUCUAUAGAACCCCUGCCCCUCAGAUCCUUGUUAAAACCCUUUCCUCACGUCUAGCCCGAGUUCUUAUCAUUGAACGUCAUUUAGUAUUGGAGCAAGACACCUCACAGCACAGGGCAGGCCACCUGGUCCACCAUACUGUGACAAGCUUGUUAAUCUAAUUGCACAUGGACCAUAUCCCUCCCCUCUCUGUUGUUUCACUUGCCCAUCUAAAUGUCUCUUGUGCCUGCCUCUGGCAGCAUGUUUCAGGAACCCACUGCUCUCUCUAAAAUUACUCACCCCGCACAUCUUCUUUCUCACCUUACAGACGCGCACCCCAAUUCUAGACAUUUUGAGCCUGGGAAAAAGAUAUCGGCUGCCUACUUCAUCUAUGCCUCAUGUAAUUAUAUAAACCUCUGUUAAAAUCUACCCUCGGCCUCUGCUGCUCUGCGAAAACAGCCUGCAACACCCCUCCGCCCCCCGACAGUUAGUCCGCCCUCUCCUUGUAAUGCAUGCCCUUCAACCUGGGCAGGCUGCUGUCUGUUAAUGUAAUAAAACGUUCGCUUGUAGUGCGCCGUGUUGUAUGACGUGGGCGAUCAUGGUCUUUCCAUGACUAUGAUUGUUCUUGGUAGAAUUUUUUCUACAGAACUGUUUUGCUAUUGCCUUCUUCUGGGCAGUGUCUUUACCAGACAGGUGACCCCCCCCCCCCCAGCCAUUAUCGAUACUCUUCAGUGAUUGCCUGCCUGGCGUCAGUGGUCGCGUAACCAGGACUUGUGAUGUGUGCCGGCUGCUCGUAUGACCGUCCACUGUUGUGUUGGUCACUGAGGGACAGUGCAGAGAGAACUCGCGCACAGCAGCUUGCAGGCUAUCCGGCUGAACUUUAUCCACCCUCCAGUGUGGAGUGACUAACGAGUGGCAUAGGAUUUAACCCAUUAACCACCAGAGUAUCCACCACCCACUCCCAUGGCCUCACGUGACCCUGAUCGGGGGGCUCAGCAGGUGCUACACCUCGCCCAAGGGUGACCUGCAGGCUAGCAGAGGGAAGGGGCACCUUACACCUCCUUUGGUAGAGACGUAUCUCCACCCCACCACCCCAAGUAAUAUAUACCUUUGGUUAAAAACAAAAAAAAAACAAGACAUAUUCUGGUGUGACUAUUCACAAAAUUAUAGGUAGUUUGGAGAAAAUUAUAGGUAGCAUUUGAUUGUAAGAAAAGAUGUUAUUAUAUAAGUUUGGGAAAAGAUCAGAAAUGAUAUGGCCAAGAAGGGACGGGGAGGUAGAAUUUAGGAAUCAGUGAGAAAUUUAUGAAAAUUUGAAAGGAUUAGCUAAGGUUUCAGACUGAGGACAAGCUGGAUUAUAUUGGGCGGAGGGGGGAGGUGGAAUAAGGGGAAAGCAUUUUGUGUCCGUGCAGAAAGUUUUGUCACUUCACAGGGUCCCAGUUGAGAGUCGUGGAAAGCCACAGGGUGACGCUGUACUGGGUAAAAUCCUGAUGAAGGGUCUUGUCCCCAAACGUCGACUGUUUACUGUUUACUCGUCUCCAUAGACGCUGCCUGACCUGCUGAGUUCCAGCAACACUUUUUUCCCCUUUACACUUGCGUACUGGAAAUCACAUUAAACAAUCUUGAAUCUUGAACUGGGGCUGAAAGGCAAUAAACUGCCAGGCCGUGGGUCCUGUGGAGGUGGUGAAGGAAUCGUCCUCUUCCAGAUUCUGGAAAAUGAAUUGAGAAAGAGAGAGAGAGAGAGAGAAGGAAGCUGGGAGCAGUGGAUCAGCUGUGCUGGAAUCAGUCACAUAGCAAUUUAUUAUUGAGAAAGUUAUUGAAAGCAGCUCAACAAAUAGUACGAGGAUGGUUGAUGUGUGCAGAGGAAGGAGAUCCUGUUUGGCAACCCUGUCCUCGGGCUGUAAAAACAGAACCACUUUAGUGCAAGUUUGUCGUCACAGUCCCGCAUUCUCAGGGUUUAAAUGUCACGUAGCACGAGCUGUGUUGCAGUAGCAGCACAGUGCAUAAAUUAACCCAAACUUAAUUGUAGGUUAACUGAACAUGAACUGCACAGCUCAGUCACCACUUUAUGAGGCUACUUCCUGGACUGCAUAAAGUGGCCACUGAGUGUAUGUCCGUGGUCUUCUGUUGCUGGAGCCCAUCCACUUCAAGGUUCAAUGUGUUGUGCGUUCAGAGAUGAUUUUCUGCACACCACUGUUGUAACAAAUGGUUAUUUCAGGUACUAGCACCUUCCUGUCAGCUUGAAGCAGUCUGGCCAUUCCCCUCUGAGCUCUCUCAUUAACAAGAUGUUUUCACCCAGAGAACUGCUGCUCACUGUAUAUCUUUCUGUUUUUCGCCCCAUCUCUGUAAACUGUUGUGCAUGAAAAUCCCAGGAAAUCAGCAGUUUCUGAGGUACUAAAACCACCCUGUCUGGCACCAACAAUCAUUACACGGUCAAAAUCACUUAGAUCACAUUUCUUCCCCCAUUCUGACAUUUGUUCUGAACAACUGAACCUCGUGACCAUAUUGGUAUGCUUUGAUGCAUUGAGUUGCUGCCACGUGAUUGGCUGAUUAGAUAUUUGCAUUAAAGAACAGGAGUACCUAAUAAAGUGGCCACUGAGUAUACAUUUAAAUUUAUUUUUCCCCACUAUUUAAGGGGACAGGCAUUGGACUAAUGAUCUGAAAGGCCACCUCUGCCGGUGAUAAGAAAUUGGGUUUGCGAAUCGGUGGGAAAGUAGGAUACCAAUCAGAUGGAAAAUCUGAAGGAGCAGUAGCGACUGUAAUUUAAUCCCUAUAACUGUGAGGGGAAUCAGGAUUGUUUAUUAUCACUGGCAUACAGUACUGUGCAAAAAGGUUAGGCAAAUAUAUAUAGCUAGGGUGCACAGUACUGUAUUUGUCAACGUGGAGAGCUAGCUUGUAAACCUGGAUGGAGAAAUGGCAAGGGAAGUGGCAGCGAAGGAGUGUCAGGGCGAGAGUAACGUCGCUACAGACACACCCAGCCCUGAGACACCAGGCAAGUUCAUUUAAUUCCAAACAAUUGGUUUAUUGAUCUUUGCAGAAAUGUCUCUCUGGUACUUCCCCCUCCCUCCCCUCUCCCUUCCCCCUUCCCACUCUCACUCCACAAUAGAGACCCACAUCAGAAUCAGGUUUAUCAUCACUCACAUAUGUCAUGAAAUUUAUUUUUUGGCAGAUGUACAGAGUAAUACAUAAAAUUAGUACAGUACAGUGCAAAAGUCUUAGGCACCGGAGCUGUACGUAUAUACACACCUAAGGCUUUUGAACAGUGCUGAGUGUCGUGAAAUUGGUUGUUUGUGCACUUUGAGAAGGCAAGCAAUGAGACACGACAAGCCGUCGAUAGUGUAGCAGCGAGUACAAUGCUUUAGAGCAAUCAGUGAUCUGGGUUCCAUUCCCACUGCUGCCGAGUUUGUGUGUUCUCCCUGUAGCUGCAUGGGUUUCCUCGGGGUGCUCUGGUUUCCUCCCACAGUCCAAAGACUUGCGGAUUAGGGUUAAUGAAGCUGUGGCUAUGCUAUGUUGGUGCCAGAAAGGCCUCGUUUACAGGCUUCCCCCCCACUACCCCCUCGGUCUGUGUUGGUCAUUGAUGUAGACGAGGCCUUUCUCAGUUUGUGACAACUAAAGAUAGUCUUUUGUAACAUACACAAAGUGGAGGUUGAUAGGUUCUUGAUUGGUGGGUGCAUCAAAGGUUACAGGGAGAGGUCAGGAGAAUGGGGUUGAGAGGGAUAAUAGAUCAGCCAUGAUGGAUUGGCAGAGCAGAUGUGAUAGGCCAAUGGCCUAAUUCUGUUCCUAUGUCUUAAGGUUAUGGUAACAUGCUAAAAACAUACAGAAAUGCUGGAGGAAAUCAUAAAUGAGUAAACAGUCGACGUUUCGGGCUGAGACACUUCUUCAGGACUGAGAAGGAGGGGGGAGGACACCAGAAUAAAAAGGUGGGGGGAAUGGAAGGAGGCUAGCUAGAAGGUGAUAGAUAGGUGAAGCCAGGUGGGUAGGAAAAGUAAAGGCCAGAAGGAGGAAUCUGACAGGAGAGGAGAGUGGACACCAGGGGGAAGGGGAGUCCUUAAUCACGUUUAAUGUAAUCUUUCUCAGGGAGGGGGGCACUAAAAACCAGAGGGCAUAGGUUUAAGGUCAGAGGUAAGAGAUUUAAAAGGAACAUCAGGGGCAGCUUCUUCACGCAACCGGUGGUGCUUAUUUGAAAUGAGCUGCCUGAAAUAGUGGCCGAGCCAGCCAUGUUGGCAACAUUUGAAAGCUGUCUCAAUAAGAGAGUGGAUGGGUGAGGUUUAGAGGGCAGUUGGCCAAACACGGGCACAUGGGACUAGUUCACAAGGCAACAUGGCUGGCAUGGAUGAGUUGGGCCGAAGGACUUGUUUCUGUGCCGUCUGCCUCAACUACACAUGACAGAAGUAACCACGACAUACAUCAGUCACAAGGGAUUCUGCAGCUGUUGGGAACCUUGAGCACACAAAAUGCUAGAGGAACUCAGCAGGUUGGACAGCAUCUAUGGAGGGAAAUGAGCAGUCAGUUUUUUGGCCCAAGAUCCUUCAUCUCUUCAUAGGUGCCGCCCCACCUGCAAUUUGUGUGCGUUGCAGAAUUGUGGUUAAAAUUACCCCAGGUUGAUUGCUAUUUCUAGGGUGCUCCGAAAGGAUUCGAAAUAAAGCGAGCUUUAAACCAAGGGCAGAGGAUGGUGGAAGGAAAUCUGUUCUCUUUACCCUCGCCAUAGGACCUAUUUAUUGACUUGCAUUGAACUCCACGGUCAGUAUUGUGAGGUUGGAACCACUCUGCCAGGUGCUUGAGCAUCUGAAGUAGAAGCCCAACCAUUACACUGCACCUGUGCAGGUGUAGACUGGUGAAGAAUUUGUAAUUAUGUCUGAGGGAACAAGUCUCACUACCUGUGACCAGUGACCACCAGGAUGUUAAACUGUUAAAACCCUAAGCCCCAUUCUUCGGUAGUGAACAGUGUGGAUAUAGAAUGGUACUACUUUUUAGACAGGAGCCUGGCCCAGCACGUGUGUGUGUGGGGUGUGUGUCUGGACAUGUGUAUGUGUGUGUAUACAUGUCCUGUCUGUAUUUCCCUGAGUGUGUCUGUCUGUUUCUGUCUGUUUGUCUUUCUGGGUGUCUGUUUCUCUGUGUGUAUCUUUCUGAAUGUGUCUGUGUGUGUGGCCUUUCUGCGCGUGUCUCUCUCUGAGCGUGUCUCUCUUUCUGAAUGUGCAUCUGUUUCUGUAUGUGUGUCCUUCUCUUUCUGCUUGUGUGACUGAUUCUCUUGCUCAGGCUGAAACAACACCCUGUGAAAUCGAGAGGAACCCCCUCCCCCAUGCUCUGCUAUACUAAUGCUGUGUGGCUUCUUUGACCUUGCUUCACCUGGGUGCCUGGCUUGCAUUCCGAGUUUACCCGGCUACUUAACCCAGUAAACUAUGCCUUGUCUGUCCCUCCUGCAACCUCUCCCAGCCCUCCCUCCACCCCUUGCGGGGAAAAAAAGCAAAAACUGAUAGCAGAAAAAAUUUCUCGGUAAUUUUAUUUUUAGAAAGAUCUGAAAGGGCAAGUCAAUAUUUAAGGAAAGUUAGUAUUGUAGCUUUAGCAAUUGCUGUAACUUUUUUGGAGCUGUUUUACUCUGUGUGCAUUUUUUGUUCAAUUGCGAGGAAGACUCUUUGCAGUUGUUUAGCCAAACCAUUACUUGCAGUGGGGUUGGGGUGGAAAAGGUUUCAGCCCUUAGUUAUAUAAAUACGAGUGAAUUUUAUGCUGUACAGAACAGCGUUUACUGAGGAAGAAAACUGAAGUUUAUUGAAAAUCUUCUGUACACUGUACCUAUGUUAAUUAACACUGAUGUGCCCCGGAAUAGAAUGAUGGAUUUGAACUCAAACUGCUUGGCUGGCUCUUAUUAUAC